AUGGCCACGACCACGCAGCGAAGUCGUGUGUGGUUUGACAUCACAAUCGGCGGCGCAUCUGCCGGCAAAGUCGUCUUCGAACUUUACAACGAUGUCGUUCCCAAAACGGCCGACAAUUUCCGUGCGCUCUGCACGGGCGAGAAAGGCGUCGGGGCGUCCGGCAAACCCCUUCACUACAAAGGCAGCGGCUUCCACCGCGUCAUUCCCAGCUUCAUGAUCCAGGGUGGAGACUUCACCGCCGGCAAUGGUACAGGCGGAGAGUCCAUCUAUGGUGAGAAGUUCGCCGACGAGAACUUCGAACUCAAACACGAGAAGCCAUUCCUCCUCUCCAUGGCCAACGCUGGACCGGGCACCAACGGCAGUCAAUUCUUCGUCACCACCGUUCCCACUCCUCACCUCGACGGCAAACACGUCGUCUUCGGCGAGGUCAUCGCAGGAAAGAGCAUCGUUCGCAAGAUCGAGAAGACACCCACGACCAGCGACAAACCGAACAAGGACUGCGUCAUCGCGGACUGCGGCGAGCUCGAUGCUUCGACUGACCUCGCCGAGUUCACCAAGAAGGCUCCAGAUUCGACGGGCGACAAGUACGAGGAUGAUCCUGCGGACCAGCUUGCCCUUCGAGGUUCUGAUGCGGAGUGGAAGGGAGUCGAGGUCGCCGACAUCGCCGAUGAGUUGAAGACCAUGGGGAACGCCGCCUUCAAGCGAGGUGAGGUCGCCCUCGCCCUGGCCAAAUACCAGAAAGCAAUCUCAUACCUCCACGAAUACCCCGAGCCGUUGGACGGUGACCCAGCAGACCUCGGCCCACGCUUGAUCAAGCUCCGAGUCAGCCUUCACACCAACAGCGCGCUGCAGCAGUUCAAAUUGGGCGCGUACAGAGAUUCCGCACAAUCCGCAGACAAGGCAUUAGACAUCAAGGGCAUUGGGGAGGCGGAGCAGGCCAAAGCUCUGUACAGGAAGGGCCUGGCACUCAAGGCCGGAAAGGAUGAGGAGGGUGCGACCGAAGCAUUGGAGCAGGCCGCCAAGCUCGCGCCGGAGGACGCCAGCAUCAAGAACGAACUGGCCGCAGUCCGAAAGGCCGCGGCGGACAGGAAAGCCAAGGAGCGCAAGGCUUACUCGAAGGCUUUCGCGUGA